AUGGAGACCCUCUUCUCUCAUCUCUUCAGCUCCCAAGAACCCCAACGAUCUCAAGCCUAUAGUCUUCUCCAUUGUUGCAGAAAGCACUUCCCAGAUUUGGUAUUCAUAAAGCUCUUCUAUGUGAUCAGGCAAGGCCCUUCUGCUGACAUUCGUGCCAGGUCAGCCCUGGUUCUUCGUUUUGUGCUUUGUGACCUUUGGCCUAGGUUGUCUUUGAAUGCUCAAAUUAACAUGAAGAACAACUUUCUUGUUUCCCUUCAAGAAGAGGGUUCAUUGCCCACUUUGAGGAUACUCUGUGCCAUUGCUGGCAUCAGAGAUUUCUGGGGGCGGAAUUGGUUUCAUGACCUUUUGAGAGGGAUGAUGGUCGGACUGUUUAAUUUGUUAAGUCACUUGAAAGAAGACUAUGCUCGCGGGGCUCUCAAAGAGUUAAUAAUGUUGGUAAUGGAAGAGCCACGACUCUUGAAGCCAUACCUUAAUGAACUAGUACUUGACGUGCUUAAGAUAGCAGACAGUGAACAUGUGACAGAGGGAACCAAAGUGUUUGUUCACAAAUUCUUGCUAACCGUGGCAGAAGCAAGCGAUUUGGCACUUACGAUGAGGGGGUUGCCGCAUCAGACUUUGGUUAGGCUGCUCACAGUCCCAAUGAAACUGCUUCUCUGUGCAUGUUACAACAAGGAAAGUGACCAGGGUGCGAAUGUCGGGAAGACAGACCUUGGAAUUGCAUACCUGACAAAAAUUUCAACUGCCUUAGGUGAAAAGACAAUGACCCCCAUUGCUUUUGAGUUGUUCUUGGAGUACAUGGAUGCUUCCAAUUGGAAGAAGCGUCACACAGGAAUUUCUAUGCUUGCAGUGAUUGCAAAGGAGUGCUCCGGCGAAAUGGUAAUAGCUUUGCCUAGCUUUGCGUUAACUUAG